UCCUCAGGAAAAAAGUUCUUUGUUCAAUUGCUCUCUGUCAAUUGAUCGUUCAUAUAUGAUCAAAGAAGUUUCACUUCAAAGUUUCUGAUUCAGUAUCAUCAGGUUCGCUAUCUUUUGAUUCUGUGUAUAUUUUUAGAGUUUUAGAUUGGAUUUGUGGACGUUUUCAAGCGAUCAACCGAAUCAUCAACAUCGAUGGAUUUUCAAGAAUCGGCGAUGAUUGGUUCGGACUUAUCAGAUUUCUUGUCUUGGAUCGUGAGGGUUGCGAAAUUAAGGGCGUCUUUGUUCAGGACUCUGUUUAUUCGGAUUACCUAGGUUUAACUGUUUUUUACUUGUUUUUUGUAAUAUUCGGCUCGAGUAAAUUUCUCUGCAACGAUGUCGAUCUUUCUCGGGAGAUUAUGUUUUGUUUCAAGAAAUAAGAAUUUUGGAAACUACUGAUCUGAUAGACGUCACCACCGGAUCAUUCUGAUGUUACUAUGGAAAGUUAUGGUCUGCCAGAUGAAGAUCGGAUCAUUGGACUGUGGGAUUCAUUAUCGGCUUCUGAUAGGUUACGAUUUAUGUGGUUCUUCCAUGUCUUAUGUGCACGAUAUUGGAUGAUGUUGUGUUUGGUUUUUGCUUAUAGAGUGUCAGGAAUUUUGUCUCCUACGGCGAUGAUCUUUGUUGGGAGGAUUAUGUUUUGGUUCAAGAAAUAAGAAUCUUGGAAGCAAUGGUUUCUGAUCGGAUUGCUGGGUCCUUUUAAUGUUAUUAUGGAAAGCUAUGGUCCGGCGUGAUGAAGAUCAGUUCAUUGAAUUUCUGGAUUUCAUUAUCUGCUUCAGAUAGGUUUUGAAUUGUGUGGUUUUCGCUUACAGUCCCUCAGCGAAUUGUGUCAGCAGAUACUGGUUGGAAUUUUAGGAUGAGUUUCUAGGUUGUAAACGUUUUCACUUGGCAUUGUAUUGAGGAAACAAUUCUGGAGUCAGAGAUGAUAUUUGGAUUUAAGUGGACUUGCUGCUUUUGGUUUGCUUCAACUUUAUAUUGCGGAAACAGCAAGCUUUAUGGUUUGAAUUGCACCAAAUUGGUUCAGUUUUUGAUUAUUGUGUUAUUCGGUUUUGAUUUAGAAGUAUACGAUGGCAGUCAAGACAGCAAAUAGAGUCUCAAUCUUUGAUCGAGUUGGAGGACAGCCUGUGAAAAUCCAAGUCUGCACCUACUGGCUUGCAGGGAGAUGCAAGAGGAACCCAUGUAGGUUCAUGCACAGAGAAUCGCCACCUCCACCAUCUCAUGAGACCCAGUUGGCACCACCUAAAGACAUACAUGGAAUGCAAUCUAAAAAGAUGACCUGGAGAAGGCCCAACUAUUACAAUCCCGAGACUGCUAACGUUUCAAGUAAUGAGGGAGGCAUGUACAGCAGUACCUGUGGUCGGAGCAGCCGUCAGAAGGUCUUGGCAAAUACUGGAAAGGAGAAUGGUCAUAUAGAUCAAGAAAUGACCAUUGCUUCCUCCAACAUUCAUAGUGAUAUACAGGCCCAGUCAGAGGUUUUGACUGCUGUAAGAACAGAACCUGAAAAAUUUACCACUCAGAAAGCUCAGCCAAAGCAAUGCAAGUACUGGGUCACUGGAAAUUGUGUCCACGGAGACAAGUGCAAGCAUCUGCACUCUUGGUUCUCUGGUUCUGGAUUCACAUUGUUGAGAAAGUUAGAAGGGCAUACAAAGGCUAUUACUGGGAUUUCCCUCCCAUCUGGCUCUGACAAGCUAUAUUCAUGUAGCAAGGAUAAAUCUAUUCGAGCUUGGGAUUGCUACACUGGUCAGUGUGCUGGUUGUGUAAUUACAGAUGGUGAAGCUGGUUGUUUAAUUAGCGAAGGCCCGUGGUUGUUGGUUGGAUUGCAAACUGCUUUGAAGGCAUGGAAGCUUCAAACUCAAGCCGAGUUUUCUUUCGGUCUACUUCCUGGAUUAGUUUGUAGCAUGGUUCUGGAUGAUGAUAAGUUGUUUGCUGGAAUGGAGGAUGGUAGCCUAUUGAUGUGGAAAUUGAAUCUGGAGACCGUUACCCUGGAGGCUGCUGAAAAGCGGAAGGAGCACCAUGCUGCCGUGUGUUCGCUUGUUUUAGGGUCUAACAAUAGGCUCUAUUCAGGUUCAAGGGAUGGUACCAUAAGGGUGUGGGACCGGCAAAAUCUGCAGUGUUUGCAUACACUAUAUGGGCACACAAGAGAUGUAAUGGCUGUCAUUUGCUGGGAUAACUAUCUAUUAUCUGCUUCUCUGGACAACACACUGAAGAUUUGGGCUGCAACUGAAAGUGGGAGCAUUGAGGUGAUUCAUGAGGUCAAAGAAGAUUGUGGUUUUAUUGAUCUCUGUGGCAUACAUGAUGCUGAAGUCAAGCCUAUUCUGCUCUGCUCAUGUAAAGACAACACCGUCCGCCUCUAUGACUUGCCAUCCUUUACCGAAAGGGGCAGAAUAUUUUCGAAGCGGGAAGUUGAAGUGAUUGAAAUUGGCAGCGACGGACUAUUUUUCACCGGUGAUGCAAGUGGGGAGAUCUCUGUCUGGAAAUUGCUUGGAGAUCCGCAUGAAGAAACUGCAUUGUAGUAGUCUCCUGAAGAGAGAAUGCUGUCGAUAUAUAUUUCAGGCAGCUCUCGAGCCAAAUCUUGUAAUUUAGAUUGUUGAUAGUAGU